AGCUGAUCAGUUCAACGGUUACACGUUACCCACUGUACAAACCUAUUUAUUUAUUUUAUUUUAGCGAAACAAUAAAGUUUACGUCUUUGCCUUGCAUUUGAUUUAAUUCUUCCAGGUCUUUUUUCUGCACUGAAGAUGUCAGAUGAGCUUGUUGAAAAGCCUUUUCUGGUGGAAGUCGCAAAGCAGGGGCGUGCUGUUUGUAAAAAAUGCAAGCAGAAGUGUGCCCAGGGCGAGUUGCGCAUUGCCAAAUUGGUUGCCAACCCCUUUGGAGAAGGAAAAAUGAAAAACUGGCAUCAUGUCAAUUGCCUUUUCGAAGUUUUCUUGAAGCAGAGACCCACAACUAAACGAAUUGAUGACCCUGUUGAGGAUAUCGACGGCUGGGUGUUGCUAGAUGACGAGCAAAAGAGCGAUAUUUUGAAGCGUGUCGAGGAAUGUAACAGUUUUUUUGAAACUAAACAUGGGGUUAAGCCUAGUCCGAAGAAAACGCCUCAGGAGGCAAAACCCAGUACUAGUAGUAAAGACAGUUCGGGUCCAGUUAUCCAGUUUGAUCCGUCACACAAGGACAAUCAAUUUCGGGAAUUCCGGAGAGUUGUGGCCGAUAUUAGCAACGUCAGUAGUUAUCUUGAAAAGACAAGUAUUGUGAGUAAAAUGUUCACAAAAGGGAGCGACGGGACGGGCUUUAAGGGCGAUAUCGUCCUUUGGUGCCGCUUGCUCCUCCCUGGUUUCGUCAAACGCAUCUACAACCUCCAAAGCAAACAGUUGGUUAAGUUAUUUAGCAAGAUUUUCCAUUGCGAUCAAGACGCAAUGUUGGAGCAUUUGGAACAGGGGGAUGUCAGUGAGACGAUUCAGGUCUUCUACGAGAGGAGUAAAUCGUUUAAACCGGUCAAGAAAAGUACCCUAACCCUCCAACAAGUGGAUGAGUUCCUUCAAGACCUCACUAACUUGACCAAAGAAGAGGAACAAACAGCACAUUUGAAAACUUUUGCGUCCAAAUGCACCGCAAAUGACCUAAAAAUCGUCAUUCGAUUGAUCAAACACGAUCUUCGGAUGAACGCAGGGGCGAAACAUAUUCUGGAUGGGGUACAUCCUGACGCUUAUCAAGCCUUCCAGUCUUCGAGGGAUAUCAAGGCUGUUAUUGAUCGUUGCUUGAAAGACAAGGGCACCAAAGCCAGAAUCGAGCUAAUGACCCCGGUACUACCCAUGCUUGCGGAAGCCUGCAAAUCGGUGGAGCAAGCCAUGAAGAAGUGCCCCAACGGAAUGUACUCCGAGAUUAAAUACGACGGUGAGAGGGUACAAGUGCACAAACAAGGCUCCGAAUUUAAGUACUUUUCGAGGAGUUUAAAGCCGGUAUUGCCACACAAAGUCGCACAUUUUAAAAACUAUAUCCCUCAGGCGUUUCCGCACGGAACGGAUUUGAUCCUUGAUAGUGAAAUCCUAAUGAUUGAUACACAAACUGGUAAGCCGCUCCCGUUUGGUACUUUGGGGAUCCACAAAAAAUCCGAGUUUAAAGACGCCAGUGUGUGUCUUUUUGUCUUCGAUUGUAUUUACUACAAUGGGGAUGUCCUCACCGAUAAACCCAUCUCGUUCAGGAAGAAGAUCCUGAAAGAGAAUAUGACGGAAAUCCCCAACCAUAUAGUCUUCUCAGAGAUGGAGGAAAUCCACGAUCCGAACGAUUUGACUCAAAUGAUCGCCAAAGUGCUCAAGCUCGGGCUUGAGGGCUUGGUGCUCAAAGACAUAACGAGUGUUUAUGAGCCGGGCAAGCGACAUUGGCUCAAAGUCAAAAAGGAUUACCUUUUUGGGGGCGCGAUGGCCGACAGUGCCGAUUUAAUAGUCCUAGGUGCGUGGUACGGUACUGGGAAAAAAGGGGGCAUCAUGUCGAUUUUCCUAAUGGGUUGCUACGACGAAGCCAAUGAUCGGUUUUGCACCGUGUCAAAGGUGUCAACCGGACACGAUGAUAAAACCCUCGAGAAGUUGCAAACAGAGCUUGAUAUGGUCAAAAUCAGCUCGGAUCCAGCCAAGGUACCCGAUUGGUUGCAUUGUACCAAAACAAUGGUUCCCGAUUUCGUGGCACGGGACCCGAAAAAACAACCCGUUUGGGAGAUAACCGGAGCGGAAUUCACCAAACACGAGGUGCAUACGGCUGAUGGUAUCUCGAUAAGGUUCCCUCGGGUUACGAAAAUAAGGGACGAUAAGUGUUGGCAGUCAGCAACUUCGCUCAAAGAACUCAAAGUAUUGUUUGCCAAAUCGAAGGAACAUACCGAUGUUAGUUUACUUCUACAAGGGACGGCUGAAUCUUCGCCUAAGAAACAGAAAACUUUGGAAAGCUUUGUCAAAAAAAGGGGUUCAGAGGAUCCGCAAUCGUCAAACUCUAAGAAAGUUAAAAAGGAACCGAAAACUGUAAAAAUAAUAAAUCCACUACCGGACUAUUUUCACAAUAUUAAGGUAGUGUUGGAAGACAAAGUGAGAGAAAAACAGUGGGAUUUGAUUAGGUACUUUAUUGCGUACGGUGGCCAAAUUUGUAAACAUGGAGAAUCGGAAAAUGCCACUCAUAUGAUACAUUUGAACAGUAUGGUACCUGAAAUUGAUCAGUGUAACCCGGACGUUAAACAUGUUACCGUUGAUUGGAUUAAAAACUGUGUGGUUAAUGAAAGUGUGUGUGAUUAUAGACCGUUUGUUGUACGCUGGAAGCCCAGUUAAUUAUUUAUUGAAUAAAAUCUUCCUGAACAGA